GGUUAAACAUACGAAGGGCAGGAAAGCCAUCCACAAAGCCGGGUCCAUCGUGCAUCGUAUUUCGAGGGAAAUAGUUGACCAAAAGCGUAGCGCCGUAUUAGCACACGAUACACAGAGUGAAAUUGGUGAUGAGAAGCAUGCUGUGGGAAAGGAUCUUCUCAGCAUUCUCGUGACAGCAAACAUGGCGGAUAACCUCAAACCUUCUCAGAGGCUCACUGAGGAUGAAGUUAUGGCCCAAAUAUCCACUUUCUUGUUCGCUGGAAAUGAUACAACAGCCACCGGGAUAUCUUGGGUGAUGUAUGCACUCUGCAAAAACAGCAGCAUUCAAGACAAGUUGAGGGCCGAAAUCAGGGCCGUUCCGAACGAGCAUCCAACCUAUGAAGCGCUCAGCUCCCUUCCAUAUCUUGAUGCAGUGAUCCGGGAAACGUUGAGAUUCCAACCUCCUAUUUCGGGCACAAGUCGUAUUGCAGCGAAAGAUUGUAUCGUGCCAUUGUCUACGCCUAUAACCAGACCUGAUGGCUCUACAUUGCCCCAGUUGCGAAUUGCAGCAGGAACCCAUAUCUUUAUUCCUAUACAGACGACACUCAACGAUCCAGACGUUUGGGGUCCUGAUGCCAAUGAGUUUAAGCCGGAACGCUGGUUAUCGCCUAACGGGGUUCCAGAUGGUGCAAUGGAGAUACCAUCCAUUAAGUUCCUUCCCUUCCUUGCAGGUCCCAGGGCAUGCAUUGGAUUCAGAUUCUCCAUUACUGAGAUGAAGAUAGUCAUAUUCAGCCUGAUACGGGUGAUGUCCUUCGAACUUGCCGUCGAUCCGGACGACAUCGAGCCGAAGGCAAGGGUUGUGACCCGGCCCCGAGUUAAAUCCAGGCCAGAAGAGGGAUUCCAGUUGCCUGUCCUUGUGCGGGCCUUGUAAAUGAAGUCGUACGUCAACCAGAUGUAUCAAAUAAUCUCGACACCUUAGAGUAAUGUGCAACCAUGCCAAGAUCUAAUUGUUCAGAUUUUAGCCAUGUUUCCAAAAUUUAUACAUUGAAGUGCGGCGACGUGCGGACGCUACCCGUGUUUCCGGGGUUACAGUUUGCAAAUGUAGUUUGCCUCAAAGGAAUGAGAUCGGGAGCUGCGGGAGCUGAACAGAGAAACCGUGAUCAACGCACCGCUGUAGACCACUACAUCAAUUGUUGAGCGAUGCCAAGCAAUAUGAUGC